CGGCGGGAGCGGUGGUGCCCCCUUGGGCACAGGGCCAUGUACAACGGGAUCGGGCUGCCGACGCCCCGGGGCAGCGGCACCAACGGCUACGUCCAGCGCAACCUGUCCCUGGUGCGGGGCCGCAGUGGUGAGCGGCCUGACUACAAGGGAGAGGAGGAACUGCGGCGCCUGGAGGCUGCCCUGGUGAAGCGUCCUAAUCCUGACAUCCUGGACCAUGAGCGCAAGCGGCGCGUGGAGCUGCGAUGCCUCGAGCUGGAGGAGAUGAUGGAAGAGCAGGGGUACGAAGAACAGCAGAUUCAGGAGAAAGUGGCGACCUUUCGACUCAUGUUGCUGGAGAAGGAUGUGAACCCUGGGGGCAAGGAAGAAACCCCAGGGCAGAGGCCAAUGGUAGCUGAGACCCAUUCGGGAUGAGGACUCAGAGGCCUCCAGUCUGA